AUGGCGGGCUCGGAGCCGCUACCCGCGUCCCUCGCGCUGCCUCGCGGACAGACAGACCUCCCGCCUCUCUCUCUCUCUCUCUCUCUCUCUCCUUCAGCGCGGGUGGCGGCUCCCGCUCAUGCCCCGGAGCCACCGCCGAGGAGGGAAGGCGGUGAGGGGAGCGGGAGGAGGAAAAAAGUGACGGGAAGGAACAGGGAUGGGGGGCACGCGGCGCCGCCAGCCACUCCGCAAACUUUGCAGAGCCUCAGCCCGCCCCCGCCCGGCCCGGGGAGCCCCGAGCGCCGCGCGGCCCGCCCCGCCCGCAGCCCCCUCCCCCUGCCAUGUGACAACUACAGCCCCCGGCCCGGGCCACCCCGGCCUCGCCCCGCUCGGGGGAGGACGGGUGGGCGAGCCUCUUUGCCAACGGGCCCCGAUGCCAGCGGGCCCCAGUGCCCGCUCCCCACCCGGGAGGCUGCUGAGCGAGCGCCUCGAAGAGCGGCGGGAGCGGACGCGGGCCCCGCUGCCCAGACGCGGGAUUCCCCCCGGCAGUGCGCGGUUGGCGCGAGUCGGAGCGGUCCCGGAGCGGCUCCGGAGGCCCCGGCAGGUUCCCAGCCACGGCUGGGGUCACUGGCAUGUAAAAGGAUCCAGCUCCCGAGGUUCAGGGAAGUAGGCAGGGCGUGCAGAUUCCACAUCUCUGAGAUGCUCAAGCAGUUACUUGCCAUAGCCAUGUUUACCAACACUGGCUGACUUCCUGAGCUGGAGCACCAAGGAGCAGGCUGGGCCAGAGCAGCAAGUCCUAUGUACCUAUCUGGAUGGGCCAGGCACCAGCACUCUGUACCGGCCUACAGCUUGGACAAGUCCUCUCACUUGCUGUUCCCUUUCCCAGGCCUCUCUGCACUCUCUGAACUAUCAAAGGAAAUAGCAGUGCAGAGUCUUGCUCAUGUUGAAGCUCGAAAUCCUUUUCUGGUUGUGCUGUCAUUGCAAAAUGAGAAACUUCUGGUUAAGGGACCGUCUUUGCAAUUUUGUUCUCCAUUGCUGUUGCUGGAAAAUAAGUAGGAAAUAAAUAGGCUAAAAGUGUGCAGUGAUUUAGCAGCACUACAAGACAAAUAGCUGGACUGGUCUUCUUGGAUUUUAAUUGACUUGAGCCCUACAGAAAGCAACUUUCUAGAGAGAAGUCAGCAGCAGUGUCAGCAUCCUACCACAUCCUAGGUGGGUAAGAAGACACAAUGCUACAGUAAGGGUUUUUAGCUGCCUUGGUCCACAUGUGCAAUGUCAAAAUCAAAGCAGUACUACCACCUGAUCAGGCUGGGCCCAAAUCUGACAGCAGUGGUUAAGAAACCAGGGCUUUCAUUGAACUGCAGAUACUCAAUAAGAGAGUUAUCUUUUCAGUGAUUUAUAAAUACUUAAUAAAAAAGUCUCCAUGAGGUUGGAUAAGUUAAUUCUAUGGUAUGAAUUUCUCAUUUUUGUGAAACUAAAGUAAACAAGAGGUUUGCUUAUCACUUUAAACUUAGGAAAAGUACAUUUUAUUUUAAUCAUAAUGAAAAA